AUGACUUCAGCGGUUGUAAACCCUUCUCUCAGCGGUGAUGAUACCAAAGGUCCAGUGACGAAGGGUAUUCCAAAGGCGACCUUUAUCGAGGACGUUGACGAAUACCUCAGGGCCAAUGGCUACGCGACGAUCCGUGACGCUAUGCAAGCUCUGGACCAACUUUACCAAAAAUACAAACUAAUGGAACAGGCCUUCCUCCAGCGCAAACUCCGUCUCUUACAGCAAAUGCCUGAUAUCACAAAAACUUUAGAUGUCGUGAAUCAUUUGGAAACAAAGAAUGAGAACUUUGAUGUGACGUUUGAGGUUGCUGAUCAGCUCUACGCUCGUGCACACAUCGACAGGGCUGAUAAGGUAGGCCUUUGGUUGGGCGCCAAUGUUAUGCUAGAAUAUGACCUUAAGGAGGCGAAGGAAAUUCUCUUGGCCAAUCUCUCAGCCGCCGAGACCUCCAUGGCCGACGUAGAGGAGACGCUGUCUUUCUUGAAGGAGCAGACGACCACAGUCGAGGUCAGCAUGGCUCGGCUUCACAACCUCAACGUUAAACGGAACCAAGCCGCCGCCGCUGCUGCUGCCAACGCCUCCAGCAAUGGAGGAAGGAAGUGA